AUGAUUGCUGCCAUAGUGGAUGUUGAGCUUACCGUUGUAAGAGAUAACACUCAAUUGCGAAAGCUUUUGAGUAAUACGACGAGUAGGAGUGGGAAAGAGACAAGAACAAAUACUAGUAGUACUAGCUCUUGUGUAACUCUAUCAGGAUUGCUUGAUGUGAUUGAUGGAAUAUGGUCUUCCCUUGAAAACUAUGAUCAGGGUUUGGAGAAGGAAGAAAGACAGCAACUCAUAUCCAUAGAGGAGAAUAAGAACAGGAAGGAUGGACAAGCUAUUGAGCUUUCUUAUUGUGAUUUUGAAAGCUUUAAAGUUCUUGCCAACAUUUACUUAUUGAUUGAUCAACAUUCUGAAUUUGAUGUGAUUAGAGAUCUGUUGGAAGUAACUAACAUGACACCUUCUGAUGUUUCUGAGAAUAUGUUGCCUAAUUGCUCUGAUGAUGAUGCUGGGAUUUGUUUGGAUAAUCUGAUUUGCGCGCUUGAAAAAGCCAAGGACGAACAGGAUGCUAAGAAGAAAGCUGCGGAGGUGAAGAAAUCAAGAAAAAAGCUAAUGGUGUGCGAGCUGAUCGACCGCACAGGGCUCACUCUCUUUCUCUGUAUAUGA